GAUAAGAGUAAAUUAAAUUAAACUGAGGAUAAACUUAUGCAUAAAAUUUUGUGCCGAGUUGUUACCUUUUUUUUCUUUUCUCUCCUUCAUUCGGUGGUGAAAUGAUUUUUUUUUAAUUAUUUUUCACUAAUUUUUAUCAGGUAGACUUGUAUAAAGGUUACCAGAUCUCAUGAGCAGUGAGUCAUUGUAACAACAUCUGCAUAAAUUUCUCCGAGUUUUGGUUUUUGGUCAUAUAGAAUAAGUUUCUAUUCACCUUGAGCAUAAAGCGGAAUUUUCAAGCUGUUUACCUACUUUUUCUUUCUUUCUCACAUGGAAAAUGUUUCACAAUUUUUUUUUUAAUUUAAUUUAAUGUUCAUAAAUUCUUCAAUCCUUCCUCACUAACAACAGCUCUGUCACUCAGCUGUUACUUUUAUUUAGUUUUUUUUAUGCAGGAAAAAAAAUGGAGUUUCGGGAAACAGAGAAAAAGAAGGUUAACUCAGAGGUUCCAUGGAUACCCACCACACCUUUUAAGCCCAUUGCACAAAGACCAGCGCAGAUCUGCACUUCUGGAGAGAGAAAUCAGCUGAAUUCUCAUUUCAAUGGAGAAUUUGCAUCUCUAGAAUCUUCGGCAGGUGGAAAUGUUAACCACGAGUCAGAAUCUGUGGCGGGAACAUCAAACAUUGGUCAUGACAAUGCCAGAACUCGGGUACAGGUGUCGUUCGAAGAUGUUCCUGGUCCGAGUAAUAGUUUUGCUGAGCUAUUGGCUCAGGCAGGAGCUCCUUCCGCAUACUGUAAUUCAAGAUAUGAUUUUUUGGAUAACCAAUUUGUUCCUGGUGUGUGGAACUCGCAGUUCGACCAAAGCUAUGCAUUACUUGGCAAUCACAAUCUGUAUCAGCAACAGCCGUAUACCAAUUUCAUUCAUGACAAUUACCAAGAUCCUCAAGGCACAUCAUACAUGGCUUACUGUGGCCUGACCGAUUCUCAGGUUGCGCUGCCUCCAGAAAAUGUCGUCACAGCAAAAGACAAACAAGUUGUGGAGACACAGAUUUGUACGGAACAAAUGAAUCAAAGGGAAGAUGAGGAUGAUGCCUCGGCCACAAUGUGCGACAAAUCACACAACAAACUCUAUGAUCCUGCUGUUGUAGACUUGACUGCUAUUCCUACACCUUGCAAGGAGGAUAAUAACCACAAUAAGGAAAUACACCAUGUUAUUGAUCUUAAUGAAAUACCCCAAACAAAACCGAAAAGAAGAAAGCACCGCCCCAAGGUCAUAAAAGAAGGAAAGCCGAAAAAAACCAGGAAGACGACCACUCCGAAGCCUGAUCAAUCAAAAGAAAACUCAACUCAAAAGAGGAAGUAUGUCAGAAAGAAAGACUUAAACACAACUCCAGCAGAAGUGACAGGGGAAUGCACUGAAUCGUUAAUAACCGAGUCUGCCAAAAAGACGUGUAGAAGGUCCUUAUACUUUGAGAUACCAGAUCAACCAAGAGAUGGAAACUCUGCAUGCAGAGAAGAAAAUGCAACUAUGCGGUUUGGUGGCGAAACUGGCAUAGAGGUCCAGGAAACGCAAGCUCUAAAUAAUUACAUGUCAUCACGAGAAGAUGCACAAGCCUCCACCAGUAACGGAAAACUUUCGAGUAACGGAUCACAAGAAGUAGGUUCUAAGAGAAAACCUUACGGUGCCAUUAAGCAGGCAGACAACGGCAGCGUUAACCUAAUUGGGUCCCAAUAUAAUUUAUUGCAGGCUUACCAGUCAAGGUAUUGGGUUCAAUUUCCAAAUGUCCAGAAGAAAAGGAGAAGUGAAAAGGGGAAAUUUUCUAACCCAUCAAAUGCAUCUUCCAUGACUGCUACAAAAGAUGUUCAACUAGCAACAUGCUCUGAAGAAAAUGCCAGAUCAUAUCAAGAUGCAUCAACUUCUAACGGCUGGACUUCUGCUUCUGCUUCUGAAUAUGAAACAGCGAAACUCCUAACCAUGCUCAGAGCCACAGAAAAAGCUACCUGUGAUAAAUCGCAAUCGCUUGAGUACAAUUUAUUUUCAGGUCAGAGCAGACCAACCAAAAAAAGAUCAAGAGUCACAAACAGAGCUCAUGAUUACACUUCACUGACCAUAGUCAGAAACUGUGAUGCCAAACUUACUAAUAUUGCAAACCGAAGCAGUUCUGAUAGAAAAACAGUUGAGGAUGCACAAAGACCACAAACAGGCAUUGAUGCUCUAGUCGCGGAGAUGCGUGCAUCACUCACAAAAAAGAAACGGAGUAAAAAGAGAACUGCUCCAAUCAGUUCCGUAUAUUCUAGCAGAGAUGAAAUGCAACAGCAUCUUCCUUUGCACAGCUCAUUAGGUGUUGCUCGUGGAGAGAGCUGGAAAAGCAUAUAUACUGUGGACACAUUAACACAGCAGUUUAGCCAGCUAAACAUAUAUAGAGAAGCUAGAGAGCUUGUGUUGUAUGGCCAGAAUGCACUUGUCUCUUACAAGCAGAAAACUGAAAAACGCAAAGGCCGGCGGGUUCAUGAAUAUGGCACCAUGAUUCCCUACGAAGGCGUGUUUGAUCCCAUCAAGAAACAACGCCCACGACCUAAAGUUGAUCUGGAUGAGGAAACUAAUAAAGUGUGGAAGCUUCUGAUGUUGGAUAUAAACAGUCAUGGGGUUGAUGGAACAGAUGAAGACAAGGCCAAAUGGUGGGAAAAUGAACGAAAUGUUUUCCGAGGACGAGCAGAGUCAUUUAUUGCACGGAUGCAUCUUGUACAAGGUGACAGGCGCUUUUCGCGAUGGAAAGGAUCGGUGGUGGAUUCAGUAGUUGGAGUUUUCCUCACUCAAAAUGUCUCGGACCAUCUUUCUAGUUCUGCAUUCAUGUCCCUUGCUGCUCGAUUUCCUGUAAAGCCAAGCAGCAAGUACGAUGCAUGCCAUGAUGAAAGUGCAAGUAUGAUAGUCAACUCACCAGAGGUGCAGAUUGUGGAACCAGAAGAAAAUGCAAAGCUGGAAGAAAUAUUGAAUCAAUCUGUUCAUGAAUUGAGUUCUAUGACAAAAGACAUCAUUGAACAUUCUGCAGAAAGAGAAACAGUUGACAGCAACAGCAUUGAUUCCUGUGGAACUACUGGAAGCUUAAAAGAUGAAUCAAAUUGUAAGCUGUUGGAACCUGCUCAAAGAAAUAUUAGCGAACAUAGUACAAUGGGAUUUGUUAGUCCUGUGACUGGGGAAGGACAAGAAAAUUCAUGUAAGGGGGGUGUUAGGAAAGAGCUAAAUGCUUUAUUUUCAUCCCAUUGCUCCAUUGUUACAUCUCAAUUGUCUGGAGAUCUUUCCAUUGAUCAAAAUCCUGAGAAGAUAGGAUCAGUCUCAGACAGCAACACAGAAGUAGAAGAUCGGCUAAGCACAGCCGAAUACAAUGUUUCCAACAGGACUUCUUUCAGUAAUCUUUUAGGAAUGGCAAGUUCGACGCAGUUACAUGAAGUUAACAGUCAGAGUAACAAUCCAACUGAGAAUUUGAGAGAUUCAUAUGGUCAGCCUGUAGCUAUGAGGCAUGACAAUCUGGAGGAGAACUUGGAAAAAUCAAAUGUUAAUCAAAGCUACUUAGAAGAAAUCAUGACACAGUGCAAUGACUAUAAUUUGAAAAUGACCCCCAACUCUGGAGUUCUUGAAGUCAACUGCUAUAAUCCCGUCAAUGUCGAAGCCUCGUCAAGUGGCUCCUCAAAGAAUAAAAAUGAAGAUAACAUAAGCUUGAGUUCUCCAGCAGAGUCUCACAGCAUGCUAUCCCAAGCCCAUCAGCAGCAUAGUGAUCACAAGCAGCACGAGGCUUUCCACAUUUCUGGACAAAGUCAAGAUCUUAUGCCGAAAUCAAAGGAAUCAGAUUCUUGUGACCACAGCUAUGCUAUUACAAAUGAAAACAGUAAGUUAGAAUCUGCUCCUGUAAAAUCAAAAGGCAAGAAAGAAAAAAAGGAUAGCUUCAAUUGGGAUAGUUUAAGAGUACAGGCGCUAGCUACAGCAGGGGAAAGAGAAAAGACAGAAAGCACCAAGGACUCUUUGGACUGGGACGCCGUGAGGCGUGCAAACGUCAAUGAAAUUGCUGAUGCAAUUAAAGAACGGGGCAUGAACAACAUGCUUGCUGAACGUAUUCAGAGUUUCCUGAAUCUACUCGUUGAUAAACACGGGGGUAUAGAUCUCGAGUGGUUGAGGGAUGUUCCACCUGACCAAGCAAAAGAAUUCUUGCUCAGCAUAAGAGGAUUGGGAUUGAAAAGUGUGGAGUGCGUGCGACUGUUAACACUGCACCAUCUUGCUUUCCCGGUGGACACAAAUGUUGGGCGCAUUGCAGUACGCUUGGGAUGGGUACCUCUCCAGCCACUGCCGGAAUCAUUACAGUUGCAUCUUCUAGAAUUGUACCCGGUGUUGGAAUCCAUACAAAAGUAUCUCUGGCCCCGGCUGUGCAAGCUUGAUCAAAGAACAUUGUACGAGCUGCAUUACCAGCUGAUAACAUUUGGAAAGGUCUUCUGUACAAAAAGCAAACCAAAUUGUAAUGCAUGUCCAAUGAGAGGGGAAUGUAGACACUUUGCAAGUGCUUUUGCAAGUGCAAGGCUUUCCCUCCCAGGACCGGAGCAGAAGAAUUUAGUUAUUGCAACUGGAAACAAUGCAACUGAUCAGAACCCAUCAGUAAUCAUUGAUCAUUCACCCUUGCCUCUCCCAGAACCGGAGCAAAAGAAUAUAGAUAUGACAACUGGAAACAAUACAACUGAUCAGAACCCCUCAGUAAUCAUCGAUCAGUUGCCCUUGCCUCUCCCAGAACCAGGUCAGAAGAAUAUAGAUAUGACAACUGGAAACAAUACAACUGAUCAGAACCCCUCAGUAAUCAUCGAUCAGUUGCCCUUGCCUCUCCCAGAACCGGGUCAGAAGAAUAUAGAUAUGACAACUGGAAACAAUACAACUGAUCAGAACCCGUCAGUAAUCAUCAAUCAGUUGCCCUUGUCUCUCCCUGAAAACACAAACCAAGCUGAAGAACUUCUGCAAACAGUUGUGAUCAGGCAACAUGAAACAAACUCUGAAAUCAACAUCUGCCAACCAAUUAUAGAAGAGCCAGCAUCUCCAGAGCCAGAAUGCUCCCAUGUAUCCGAAAAUGAUAUAGAGGAUGCUUUCUAUGAGGAAUCCGAUGAAAUUCCAACCAUCAAACUAGACCUAGAAGAGUUCACUGUGAAUUUACAAAAUUAUAUGCAAACAAACAUGGAACUUCAAGAAGGUGAAAUGUCAAAGGCCUUGGUUGCUCUAAAUCAAGAAGCUGCUUACAUUCCUACACCGAAGCUGAAGAACGUGAGCCGGUUGCGCACAGAGCAUUCAGUUUAUGAACUCCCAGAUUCACAUUGUCUUCUGGAAGGGUGGGAAGUGAGGGAACCUGAUGAUCCGGGCAAAUACCUUCUAGCUAUAUGGACCCCAGGCGAGACAGCAAAUUCCAUAGAGCCACCGGAAAGAAAGUGCAGCACUCAGGGCUCUGGCCAGCUCUGUAAUGAGGAGGAAUGUUUUUCAUGCAACAGCUUCCGUGAAGCAAGUUUGCAGAUGGUUCGAGGGACAAUCCUGAUACCAUGUCGAACAGCAAUGAGAGGGAGCUUUCCGCUAAACGGAACCUAUUUUCAAGUCAAUGAGGUUUUCGCAGACCAUGAAUCAAGUCUUAACCCAAUUAGCGUUCCCAGAAGUUGGAUAUGGAACCUCAAUAGGAGAACAGUACACUUCGGAACCUCCAUUCCAUCCAUAUUCAAAGGUUUAUCAACACAAGAAAUUCAACAGUGCUUCUGGAGAGGGUUUGUUUGUGUGCGAGGAUUUGACAGGCAAACACGAGCACCCCGUCCUCUAAAGGCUAGACUACAUUUCCCAGCAAGCAAGCUGGCCAAGAACAAGGAGCAGGCCAAGAAAGACGCAAAAGCUGCAAACUCGCAAGGAUUGAAUUUGAAAUCAAAUACAGAACAGCCAGAACUUCUCGCCAGCAUUCCCAACUUGCAGCAGAACGGCGGAUCCUGAAAACACAUCCUAUUUAUUCCUCCUGUAACAUGUGUAUAAUAACAGGGUCAUUUCAUUGCUAACCGAGUUUGAGUUUAAGCCCGCGUUAUCAUGCAAAGAGAGUGGGCAAGGCAAAUUUUUCAGACCAGGACCAAGACUGUAUCAUGGUAAUAACAGGUAGGGUUAGUUUUCAUGAAAAGGAAUGUGAUACAUAAAUUCUCAUGUAAUUUUAAUUGUAUGAACCUCAUUAGACCAGUUCUGUUUGCACAA